AUGUCACUCCGCCUAAAGCGCCCACUCAUCAAACGUCUUCCAAACGCACGCAACUACACCACCGCAAACCCCACCAGCGCCUCAACCCCCAACGCAAAAUGGAAAUAUGUACCCCAAUUCGGCACAUACCCUAAAGGUUUCAAUGUGGGCGGGAUCCAUUGUGGUGUAAAGAAGGACGGCAAGUCUCUCGAUCUCGCACUGGUGACAUCCGAACUGCCAUGUUCCGCGGCGGCAGUGUUCACAAAGAACGUGUUCAAGGCGGCGCCUGUGCUGGUGAGUCGGGAGAUGUUGAAUGCUAGGAGGGGAAGCGGGGUUCGGGGUUUGGUCGUGAACAGUGGCUGCGCGAACGCGGUUACCGGGAAGGGGGGGUUGGAGGAUGCGAUUGCUAUGGGGAAAGCCGUGGAUGGCUUGGUGGGAGAGGGGGAGGCAAGCACUGUUGUUAUGUCCACAGGGGUUAUUGGCCAGAGACUGCCGAUACAGAGGAUUCUCGAUGGGAUACCCAAUGCUUACAAGACCGUGGGAACUUCGCAUGAGGCUUGGUUGAACACUGCGAAGGCUAUCUGUACAACUGAUACCUUUCCCAAACUCUGUUCCAAAAGCUUCAAAUUCCCAGGAUCUCCUACGGAGUACUCAAUCGCUGGUAUGGCUAAGGGGGCUGGCAUGAUUCAUCCUAAUAUGGCCACGCUGCUCGGAUUCAUGGCCACUGAUGCACCUGUUUCUCCGGAUGCGUUACAGAGUAUCCUUGGGCACGCUAUUGAGCGUUCCUUCAACGCAAUCUCUGUAGAUGGGGAUAUGAGCACGAACGACACAGUAGCUCUUCUCGCAAACGGUGCUGCCGGUGGGGAAACAAUCGAGAUCGGCACCGAGGGGGAAAAAGUCCUCAGAGCAGUGGUGACGAGAUUUGCGGAAGAGUUGGGUAAACUUGUGGUCAGGGACGGAGAGGGAGCGACGAAAUUCGUGACUGUUAGUGUGAAAGAUGCAAAUAGCUUCGAAGAUGCCAAACAAGUUGCUUCAACAAUUGCUAGAUCACCGCUUGUUAAGACGGCGCUCUACGGAAGAGAUGCUAACUGGGGUCGUAUCCUUUGCGCAACGGGGUACUCCGGAGUUGAAGGGGUUGUACCGGAGAAGACAAACGUUUCUUUUGUUCCUACCGAUGGAUCUCCGGAGCUGAAGUUGCUUGUUAAUGGAGAGCCGGAAAAUGAUCUAGAAAUCCUAGUGUCGUUAGGAACUGGUAAGGCUUCCCACUGUCCAUUUCGUUUCUCAUAG